AUGGUGCCCUGCGCCGACGGCAAGCCCUGCCGGACGACGUUCGCCGUCGUCGACCGCGGAGCCGACACGACGACGCUGGAGCUCGAGCCCCACACGGGCCGGCUCCACCAGCUCCGCGCGCACUGCGCCGCCAUCGGCCACCCGAUCCUAGGAGACGACAUCUACGGCGCCGACGCCGAGGGAAGCCGGCUCCACCUCCACGCGAAGGCGCUGCGCUUCGCGGAGCCCUCGUCCGGCGACACGUGGACCGUCGAGAGCGCGAGCGGAUUUCGCUAA